AUGUCUUCACCUGAUAUUUACGAAUUAACAAACGCUCCUAUUACUGCUCAUGCUUUUAACAAGGACCAGCUGGUCGUUUGUCAAAAUACAAAUGAUGCCUUCAUUUACCAAUAUGGACACUCUAAUUCAAAGCUGGAAGCUACUUUAAAAGGACACGAUAAAGUAAUUACAAGCAUUGAUUUUGCGCCUAAAACGAAUCGUAUCGUUACCUGUUCACAAGAUAGAAACGCUUACGUCUGGACGAAUGAAGGAGGUGUUUGGAAACCAGGGCUUGUCUUGUUACGUAUUAAUCGUGCAGCUACUUUCGUUCGUUGGUCACCCGAUGAACAAAAGUUUGCUGUUGCCAGUGGUGCCCGAUGUAUCUCCGUCUGUUAUUUUGAAGGAGAUAAUGAUUGGUGGGCUAGUAAACACUUGAAAAAACCUAUUCGUAGCACUGUUCUCUCUGUUGACUGGCACCCUAAUGGUGUCUUAUUGGCAGCUGGCUCAGCUGAUAUGAAGGCUCGUGUCUUUUCAUCCUUUAUCAAAGGACUUGACAAGAAGCCUUCUCCAAGUGUAUGGGGAGACAAAUUGCCUUUCAACACGGUAUGUGGUGAAUUCAGCAAUGGCAGAGGCGGAUGGGUUCAUUCAGUCGCCUUUUCUCCUUCUGGUGACGCACUCGCUUUUGCUGGCCAUGACUCAUCUAUUAAUGUCGCCUAUCCCUCUGCUGAUGGAAAUCAUACCGUAUUGACCAUUCCAAGCAACACACUUCCCUUCCGCUCUCUUAUUUGGACAAACGAGCAACAAAUUAUCGCUGCUGGUUUUGAUUGUGCACCCAUUUUAUAUGAAACAAAGGAUGGUCGUGAUUGGCGCUAUGCUGGGUCUUUAGAUACCGGACGCAAAAAGACCUCUCAAUCCUCAUCCAUUCUAGCUCGAUUCAAGACAAUGGAUUCCCGUGGAGAAGCAGAAGAUGAUACUGCUUUGAAUACUGUUCAUCAAAAUACCAUUAUUGAAAUCCGUGCUUAUGAAGGGGAUCGCACCAAUGUUACCAAAUUUUCUACUUGUGGUGCAGAUGGUAAAGUAGUCAUUUGGGACUUUGAUCCUACUCAAUUGAUUGCAGACCUUACUUCACUUAAAAUCUAA